GCCCCCCACACCCGUUCUGCCUGACGAGGUUUCUGGCCUUGGGCCACCAGGCUUCCUGUCAAAGGCCGGAGCUUCUCGGCCUACUGGGGUUCAAGUCUUCCUCCCUCUUGAACGAAGCUCCCGCCACCUCAAGCCUGAGGCGAACCGUGGGCGCAAGACUGUGGGCUACAGCCCGGCCCGGCCCGGGGCCGCAGGGAGCACCAGGGCCCGGAGGGGUGUGGAAGCCUGGCUUGGGAAAAGAAAGAUGGCGGGCCCAAGAUGGAGGCCUGCCAGGGCAAAUGCUGUGGGCAGGAGCCCUGCCCCCCAAGACCGAGGGGAGCAGUCAUGACGGAGCCCCCACUCCUGCCCGCUCUGGACGUGUGGGGUCCGCUGGCGUCCACGGCGCGCACUGGACAUAAACCCCGCGUGCUUGUUUUGACAACCCACUUCAUCCUCAAGGAUUUGAGUGGGGAUCGAGGAAGGGGGGUGGGACCCUGGCCAGACCUGGAGGGAAGGGCAGGAAUUGAAGCAAGGGGGGCCAGGCCAGAGGUCCCGGCAGGAAUGUGUGAGCUCAGCCCGCUCCCCUCUUCCAUCCCUAUUUCCAACAAGAGGGUGAGGGGCCUGCCCAGGAAAGGGCAGCUGGGAGGACCGGCUGGGCCUGGGGUGUGCGCGCGGCCCGCAGUUGUGUUCUUGGGGUGGGACGGAGACAGCUGAUGUUGGGGUCCCAGCACCCACGGGUGCCCCCUGUGUCCCUGCUGGUAAACAGCUCGGGUCGCGCCUCCGUGUUUCGAGAGUACGACUGUGUCUCUCGGGGAGUUGGCCGUCUGUGGCUCUGCUGAGGGAAGAACGUGACUGUCUCCGUGUUCCCGGGUGUCUGGGUGUAACUGGCGGCACCUCUGUGUGGAGGGCGGCCGAGGAGGCGCGUCUCGACGUGGCCGAGGCCGCGAGCGAGGGUGUCCCUGCGCUUUUCUGUUUGCAGGGUAGGUAUUGACCAGCCAGAUCCCAGGAUGUCCAGGAGGUGCAACCCAUUGUGUCUUGGGUGCGUGCAGUGUACCUGUGGGCCUGUCUCGGACUGUGAGGGGGUGUCUCCGGGUGAUACAGACCGUGGCUGUCUCAGUGCUGAGACUGGGUCCCGCAGCGCUAAGGGGCCUGCGUUUCAGCGCGUUGGGAGAAGUCUGAGCCAGUGACUGUCGGGGCAUCUCUGGGGGUGACACCGUCUCAGUGAGUUCACGGGUAGGACGACAGGUGACCCCAAGGCUUUGAGGAACGUGGCUGCUGCUGUGCUGGGGACAGAGUUGACAGUAUCUGAUCUCAGGGUGUUAAGGGAUAUGAUUGUGUUGUUUUAGGAUGGGAGACUGUGUGUGUGUGUGUGUGUGUAUGUGUGUCUCCUGCUUGUCAGGGCGGGAGGGGAGGUCGCCGUCAUGUGUCCACAGGUGGCUUGGGACUUCUGAGUCCCAGGAGAUGGUCCCCUGGUCACCAGGCGUCUUGGUUCCGCAGCCCGCCUUCAGCCUCCCCCACUCGCCCUCCCGUGACUCGCCGCUGGCCCUGGCUUGGGCUUUAAGCCCCUGUGUAAAUAGUGGGCGGGUCUCCAGGCCAGGCUGGGCCUGACCCAAGCUGGUCUGCCCGAGGCAUUGCCCGCCACCGCCACCACCACCCCCACCGCCACCCCCACCACCACCACCGCCCCAGCAUCCAUGAAGGCUUUGGCAGGACAGGAGGGUGUUGCUGCCUCCCAGCAGGGCUAGCCCCCACAACCUGGCCGUCUCCACGGAGGCAGUGGCACCCCCUGCAGCCGCCCCAGCCUGCCCUGGGCGAUGCUCACAUUUUCCAGUGUUUAGAUUUUAUCCACUUUAUUAAUGAGGCAGGCAAAAGGCCUGCGCCUGGGGGCGGAGGGGGGGGGAGGGUGGAGAGGGCUAUUCCCGCCCUGCCAGGGGGAGGGAGUCAUGGGGGACCAGGCCAGCUCCCCGGGAGCCCCCUUCCUGGUGGGGCAGCUGGGGUUCUGAGUGGCCGCUGCCCGUUGCCAGGAGCAGAGAGAGAGGUCACUGUCACCCCAGGCUUCCUGCGGGCACGAGAUGGGAUGGCUGAGCUGGGGAGAUGGGGUGGUCGGAGAGGCCCCUGGAGGCCGGAGCGGGCAGCGGGAGGAGGCCAGGAGCUGAGGAGCCGCCCUAGGAGGGAGGGAGAGGGAGCGGCCUGCCUUCCUGCCUGCUUGCCGGAGAGCUCUGGUGCGCAGAGCUCUGGGGCGGCGGGUGCAGCCGGCAGCAGGCUAUGGGGGCCUGGAGCCCCAAGCUGAGUGGCCCCACCCCCGGCACCUGACAUGAGUCUCUGCGGGCCCCUCAACCUGAGCCUGGCAGGCGAGGCGACCAUGUGUGCGGAGCCCGGGGCCCCCAACGCGUCGGCCGGGCCGCCGGCCGGCCGGGCGGGCGCCUCGCCGGCGCUGCCCAUCUUCUCCAUGACGCUGGGCGCCGUGUCCAACGUGCUGGCGCUGGCGCUGCUGGCGCAGGCCGCGGGCCGCCUGCGGCGCCGCCGCUCGGCUGCCACCUUCCUGCUGUUCGUCGCCAGCCUUCUGGCCACCGACCUGGCGGGCCACGUCAUCCCCGGAGCCCUGGUGCUGCGCCUGUACGCGGCGGGCCGCUCGCCGGCCGGCGGCGCCUGCCACUUCCUGGGCGGCUGCAUGGUGUUCUUCGGCCUGUGCCCGCUGCUGCUGGGCUGCGGCAUGGCCGUGGAGCGCUGCGUGGGCGUCACGCGGCCGCUCCUGCACGCGGCGCGCGUCUCGGCGGCCCGCGCGCGCCUGGCGCUGGCCGCGCUGGCCGCCGUGGCUUUGGCGGUGGCGCUGCUGCCGCUGGCGCGAGUGGGCCGCUACGAGCUGCAGUACCCGGGCACGUGGUGCUUCAUCGGCCUGGGCCCGGCGGGCGGCUGGCGCCAGGCGCUGCUCCCCGGCCUCUUCGCCGGCCUCGGUCUGGCCGCUCUGCUCGCGGCGCUCGUGUGCAACACGCUCAGCGGCCUGGCCUUGCUGCGCGCCCGCUGGCGCCGCCGCUCUCGACGGCGUCCUCCGGCGAGUGGCCCCGACAGCCGCCGUCGCUGGGGGGCGCGCGCGCCCCGCUCGGCCUCCGCCUCGUCCGCCUCGUCCGUAGCUUCGGCCGCCGGCGGCUCCCCGGGCCGCGGCUCGGCGCGCAGAGCCCGCGCUCACGAUGUCGAGAUGGUGGGCCAGCUCGUGGGCAUCAUGGCGGUGUCGUGCAUCUGCUGGAGCCCGCUGCUGGUGAGGGGCGCACACGCCCCUCCGGCCGGGCUCCUUCCUGUCCCCGCCCCCCCCCCCAUCCCUCCCACCCUCUCCCACCCUAAGAUCCCUGGGUUCUCUCUGCGUUCUCCAACCGCGGUCCCACCCCCUCGAGGCUCCACCUGUCACGCAGCCCGCCCUUUGGUCCCUCCCUCUCAUCUCCCACCCCUCCACCCAGUCCCCUUGUCUUUCUCCUGCCUGGGGUCUUUGCACUUCACCCUACCCACUCGAGCCUCCUCCCCAGCCCCCUUCCGUCACCACGCCGCCCCGUUUCUCUCCCCCCUUCGGUCCCCUGUCUUUCGGGAUACCUGGGACUUCUCUCCUUUUUUUGCUCGAGCCGCCACUCGCUGAAGGCCUUUGCUUCCGCCACACCUUCUCCCUCCUUCCGGAGCUCCUUCCCACCAGGACUCCCAUUUACCCUCCCGGUGAGCCUCUGCUCCUCUUCACAGCCCCCUUACUUUCCAGCCACGCUUCAUCCAUCCCAGCCCCACCCUUGGCCAGCCCCCUUCUCUCACACCUGCCCCACUGCUCACACCGGCUUCUCCCGCAGGUGUUAGUGGUGCUGGCUGUCGGGGGCUGGGGCUCCGGCUCCGGCUCCCUGCAGCGGCCGCUGUUUUUGGCUGUGCGCCUCGCUUCGUGGAACCAGAUCCUGGACCCCUGGGUGUACAUCCUGC